AUAUGUCAUCAGUCACGUCACAGAUUAUUAAAUAUUUUUAUCGCUAUGUACUAUUGUUAUUAAUUAAUACUCUUUAACUAUUUACACACAAAAGAGAUUUACUACAAUAUACAUGUUAAACUCUUUAAAUGUUGAAAUACGAAUAUCUUCCCUAUCUUUGUAAUUUCAGUGGGAGCAAUAAAAAACAGAAUUGAAAUACUCCGAAAUUAAUGCAUUGUUAUAUCGAUGUACUUCCCUAAACUUCCUCGAAAGGAUUACUCAUUGUUUUAUCACCAGUAUCAUGGUAUUAUAAAAAACGAAGUGUUACAUAGUGCAGCAAUAACAGCAUGAUACAGAAUGGUGAAGAAGAAAAGGUGGAUGUUGAAGCUGAACAAAGUGAAAAUCAUGUUAGGCCUACACCAUUUAGAAACUUGCCAUCUAUACAGGAUGAGUCUAUUAAUACAUUAAAUGAAGAUUCUGAUCUUACAUCAUCUUAUAAGAGAAGAUCAAGUAUAAAGGAAAGUUUUGAACCAGGCUCACUUAAUGUUCUUUCAGCAAAAUAUGAGAGUCUGGAUUAUGAUAUUUGUGAGAAUCAUUUGAUGCUGGAUGAAGAAAGGAAGAAAGGAUAUAGAUAUGUUGUUCACAAAAAUGUAGCUCGUUGGUUUACAUUCUUAUUAAUCGGAAUUUGCACUGCUCUUGUUGCUUGUAUUAUUGACAUAUCUAUUGAAGAACUUUCCUACAUUAAAUAUGGAACUCUCAGUAGAUAUGUGGAUAAGUACAUAACACAGGGCAACAAAUUGUACAUUCCUUAUUUUUUAUAUGUAUUAUUCAAUAUCAUACCUGUUGCUAUUGGGGCUACUUUAGUGGCUUACGUUGAACCUAUAGCUGCUGGCAGUGGAAUUCCACAAGUUAAAUGCUAUCUGAAUGGUGUCAAAGUCCCAAAUGUUGUCAGGUUCAAGACUCUAGUUGUUAAAAGCAUUGGAGUUGUUUGUUCAGUCGUGGGAGGACUGGCCGGUGGUAAAGAAGGUCCAAUGAUUCACUCGGGGGCAGUAGUUGCAGCAGGAAUAUCUCAAGGAAAAAGUACUUCUUGCCGAAAGGACUUCAAUGUGUUUCGGUACUUUAGAGAGGACCAUGAAAAAAGGGACUUUGUUUCUGGCGGAGCAGCUGCUGGCGUUUCGGCAGCCUUUGGGGCACCAGUAGGGGGAGUUCUUUUCAGUUUAGAAGAAGGAACUAGUUUCUGGAACCAAAGCCUGACUUGGAAAACGUUUUUUGCGUCUGUGAUAAGCACUUUCACACUGAAUGUAGUCUUAUCUACAUAUCACGGUGUCCCUGGAGAUUUAAGUUAUCCUGGACUUCUAAAUUUAGGACAGUUUGAACGAUUUUCCUAUGAAGUGUAUGAAUUACCUAUUUUUGUUUUGAUGGGACUAUUUGGAGGCAUUUUAGGUUCCUUCUGGAACCAUAUCAACUAUAAACUUACAGUAUUUCGGAUAAGGUAUUUGAGAAAGCGUUGGGUGAAGGUUUUAGAGGCGUGCAUCGUAGCAGCUGUAAGUGCAACUGUUGGCUUUUUAAUGAUGUUUUCAAUUAAUGAUUGUAAGCCUCUGGGCCAGGAUCCGACCAAGUAUCCAACACAGAUGUAUUGCGGCGACGGCGAGUAUAAUGUGUUGGCUUCAAUCUGGUUCCAAACGCCAGAGGCUUCUGUACGAUCUCUAUUUCACGACCCCCGAAAUACUCACAAUGCCCUAUCCCUUGCAGUUUUCGUUUUUUUCUAUUUCUUCCUUGCUACUUGGACUUUCGGUUUGUCCACAUCGAACGGUCUUUUUAUUCCCACUCUGCUUACAGGAGCCGCAUGGGGUCGCCUGGUCUCAGUCGCACUUUUUUACUUAUUCCCUGACUCUAAACUUAUUCAUCCUGGAAAAUAUGCUCUUAUAGGAGCCGCCGCACAACUGGGAGGGGUCGUUAGAAUGACAAUAAGUUUAACUGUAAUAAUUAUGGAGACAACUGGAAAUAUAUCGUUCGCUUUGCCUCUCAUUGUGACUCUUAUAGCAGCCAAGUGGACUGGUGACUUCUUCAACGAAGGAAUUUAUGACAUUCAUAUUCAAUUGAGCGGAAUUCCUCUGUUACCCUGGGAGCCCCCGCCAUUGACUAGCAAUAUAUACGCAAGUGAGGUAAUGUCUCAUCCUGUGGUUACUUUGAAAACUGUUGAAAAUGUUGGCCACAUUGUGGAGUUGUUACGGUUGACUUCAUAUAAUGGAUUUCCAGUUGUUGACCCCCCAAUCACGGACCAGCGACAUGUGACCACAUAUGGAAGAAUUCGAGGUCUGAUAUUGAGAUCCCAGUUAAUUGUCAUCCUGAAAAAGAAACUUUUCAACGAGACAGCCGAAUGGUGGGACACAUUGUCUGCUAGUAUAUUUAGGGAUGAGUAUCCUAGGUAUCCCACCAUCGAUGAAAUUAGCAUAACGGAAGAUGAAAAGACCUAUUCUGUGGAUUUGAGACCCUUCAUGAACAGCUCUCCGUACACAGUGUUACAUAAUACAUCACUGCCGCGAAUGUUCAGGCUUUUUAGAGGGCUGGGCCUGCGUCAUUUGCCGAUCGUUAAUGAUACUAAUGAGGUAAUCGGAAUGGUUACGAGAAAAGAUCUGGCUCGUUACAGAGUUUGGGUACAUAGGGGUCGUAUGGGUCUUGAUGAGCUACUAAUGUCUAAGGAAAUUUAAUAAAUGGUAAUUAAGCGAUGUCAUAGUAAAAUUUAUUUAUUGACGACUUGUUCUGAUACUAAGUGUAAAUUUGUUUCUUUGUUUUUGUAAUAUACUUUAAUAUUAACCCCAUAUUUUACCAAAGAAGAAAAUUAUAACAUACUUUUAUGUUGUUUGUUAAGUAACUAACAAAAGACAAAAAAGUACGUUAAAUUAUAUUUUUGUUGGUUUUGUUUGAUUCCACAAAAAUUGUAUUAAGAUGGAAGUAAUAAUAGAAUAUUAACAUAC